UCUCUCUCUCUCUCUCUCUCUCUCUCUCUCUCUCUCCUAUAACUAACUAAUUCAUGUGUACAUAAAAAGGUCUCAGCCGUGUGUCCAAACUGCCACAGAUAAACUCCAAUGGCUACUCCCAUUUCAUUGUUCGUCCUCCUGCUCCUCCUCUGUUCUUCCUCCAUUGUAGCACAAUCUGCUAAUUUCAGCUACAAUGGAUUCAACCAAUCAAAUCUCAAACUUGUAACCGCAAAUGUGCUCAAACCCAGUGGAGCACUCAGGCUCACAGAAAAUAUCCAAAAGGCCAUAGGCCACGCUUUCUACCCUGACCCCAUUCAUUUUCGCCUCAACACUUCUUCUUCAAAUCCCAACAAAACCAUUUCCUCAUUUAGUACUCACUUUGUCUUCCAAAUAGUCCCCUCCGGUUCGAGCCGCGGUGGCCACGGCCUCGCCUUCACCAUCUCUCCCGCGAUGGAAUUCCCCGGCGCAGAGGCAGGACACUAUCUCGGCAUCCUCAGCGAGGCCACUGACAAUAAUUCGUCAAACCAUCUUUUCGCGGUGGAAUUCGAUACAGUUAACGGGUUUAAUGAUACUUUUGAUAGGGAUGGAAACCAUAUAGGAGUCAACAUCAAUACCAUGUCGUCGGUUGAAAAAGAACUGGCUUUUUAUUACGACGGGGGCGACAAGGAGGAAAUGACGUUGGAGAGUGGAGAUCCGAUUCAAGCGUGGGUAGAUUAUGAUGGGUCGAAUUGGUUUUUGAACGUUACGAUAGCUCCUAUAUCGAAACUAGAGAAACCGAUUCAACCCCUCAUUUCAAUAGCCAUCGACUUGUCCCCUGUCCUCUUGGAGAAUAUGUACGUUGGAUUCUCCGCGGCCACUGGGAACAAAUCAAGCGCUCAUUACAUAUUGGGUUGGAGUUUUGGGUUGAACGGGGCCGCUCCUCCAUUGAAUCUUUCGAAACUCCCAGUCGUACCGGUAGAGAAAAAAAGUUCCAGAUUCAAACCCGAGAUCAAGGCGAUACUUGGCGCUUUAUCGGUUGUGGUUGUUAUUUUGGUGGCGGCUUUGUUGAUUGUCAUGGCAUACAGGAGGAGGCUGAAUUUCGAAAGCCUCGAAGAGUGGGAGUUGGACUGCCCUCACCGGUUCAAGUACAAGGAUCUUCACGUCGCGACGAAGGGAUUCAAAGAGAGCGAGUUGCUGGGAACCGGAGGGUUCGGGGCGGUCUACAAAGGCGCUUUGCCAACCACGGGAGAAGAAAUCGCGGUCAAGAAGAUCAUGUCGAAUAAUUCAGUACAAGGGAUGAGGGAAUUCGCAGCGGAAAUCGAGUGUCUGGGGAGGCUGAGGCACAAGAACUUGGUGAAUCUCCAAGGGUGGUGCAAGAGGAAAAAUGACUUGCUUUUGGUCUAUGACUACAUCCCAAAUGGCAGCCUUGAUUCUCUUCUUUACCACCCCAAAAAUGGGUUUGUUUUGAAUUGGGAGCAAAGAUUUCACAUAAUCAAAGGGAUUGCUGAAGGGCUAGUGUACUUGCAUGAGGAGUGGGCCCAAGUGGUGGUCCACAGAGAUGUCAAGUCCAGCAAUGUGUUGAUAGAUGGGGAGAUGAAUGGCAGGCUGGGGGAUUUUGGGCUGGCGAGAUUAUAUAACCAUGGGACAAUCUCACACACCACAAAUGUCGUGGGCACAAUCGGGUACAUCGCACCCGAAUUGGCCCAGACCGGAAAGGCCUCCACGAGCUCCGACGUGUUUGCCUAUGGGGUCUUGCUACUAGAAGUGGCUUGCGGGAGGGGCCCCAUCGUCGACGACCCGGAAAGAGGCCGGGUCAUACUAGUGGAUUGGGUCAUCGAGCGACUUCAAACGGGUGGGAUGGUUGACGUUGUUGAUCCGAAUCUGGGUCCCGGGUACGCGGUCGACGAGAUGGAAUUGGUUUUGGGCCUAGGGCUUCUUUGUUCCAACCCUAAAGCAGAAGCAAGGCCUAGCAUGAGGGAAAUCCUGAGGUAUUUGAAUGGAGAUGAUUUGCUUCCGGGGAUCGAUAAGUUGGAGUCGGCCAUUGGUGCACGACAAGUUCAAGAAACUAUGGCCAGAUUUUUUAUCUCGAGUGAUGGGGUGACGACGUCGUCUUCAAUAGGGCAAAUAUCAUCUAGUUCAUUCAAAGCUGGCAGAUAGGGAGCUUUUAUUAUAAUAUGUUGACGUUUUGUAUUAGGAAUUGAUAGGGAUUGUAUACUGUAUACUUAUUCAUAUAUUCUUUGUAGUUUAAUUCUGAAAGGGAGUUGAUUUUUGCACUUCCUUUUUAUCCAAAAUGCACUAUUUUAUUACCCUUUUCAUGUGUGAUGGAGAAAAUGUAUGAAGGGUAGUUUUGUAAUUCUACAAGAAUGAAGAUAAAAAGUGGAGUGCACUUGGACAAAAAGGGGAGU